AUGACGUCACGUGUUCCACGUUGUCCCGGACGUGGCAGUUGGUCCGGAGUCUUGGGAAGAAGAAACUCGAACAUUUCUGACACGUUUACCUCUGUUGAAGGGUCUUCGUGAAGGAAUCAAACAUCACACAGCAGUCAUGGGGCUGACCAUAUCUACAAUCUUUGGUCGACUUUUUGGCAAAAAACAAAUGAGGAUUUUAAUGGUUGGUCUCGAUGCUGCUGGAAAAACUACCAUUCUAUACAAACUGAAGCUUGGUGAGAUCGUAACUACCAUCCCAACUAUAGGUUUCAAUGUGGAGACGGUGGAAUACAGGAACAUCAGUUUCACCGUAUGGGAUGUGGGUGGCCAGGACAAGAUCAGACCCCUGUGGCGACAUUACUUCCAGAACACACAGGGACUCAUCUUUGUCGUGGACAGCAACGACCGAGAAAGAGUGGCAGAGGCUGCAGAUGAGCUCUCAAAGAUGUUGGGUGAGCAAGAUUUGAAAGAUGCCGUGUUGCUGGUGUUUGCCAACAAGCAGGACCUCCCCAAUGCCCUGGCAAUCGGCGAGCUCACAGAAAACCUAGGUCUCAACAGGAUGCGGAACAAAGAAUGGCACGUUCAGGCGACCUGCGCCACUCAGGGCACCGGCUUGUACGAAGGACUCGACUGGCUGUCCGCGGAGCUGUGCAAAUAGGUGCCAAUCAACCGGGCAGAUGAAAGCGUGAACUUUCACACGAACAUUCAACGUUUGGUCCUGCAGCUGCGGAACACAUGGCUGGUGGCCAGUAUGUUUUGUUUUUUUGACAGAGGAAGUGUGGGGUGGGGCGGGGGUUGGCAUUCUACUUUCAUUCCAUUGUAUGACCAAUCUAUGAGAGUCAUCAUGAAAACGAUGCAGUUUGACCACUUGAGUAAUUACAGUCUGGUAGUGUGAGGUUGGGUUUUGUGCGGUUCUAGUCAACGUAUACAGACCAGCAUUGCUGUGAUUUAUCUUUGAAGUGUUUUUCGACCACUUAGCCUCCCGGUGAAUGGAUCUAAAAAGCAACAUUGUGCCUUCUCGACUUUCUUUUUAUUUCAUGCUUAACGCUCACGCUUUCAUAAGAUGUUUUUUUUUUUACUUUAAAAAGAAGACUUUCUUUUUUGUAAAAUUUUUCUGUACGUGCUGCUUCAUUGCAAACAGUUUUCCUCAAUGCAUGUAAGAACCAAAGGUCUGCACUUGCAUUUGUCAAGACUAACACAAUUGUCCCUUCGAGCAAUUGUUUGAGAGAAGAUUCAUUGUCUUGUCAUUGCUAAAAUGGUUUCGAUGACAUAUAAGUAGUUUUUUUGUUUUGCUUGGAAUGUUCGCAAGCAAAUGCAUAAUAUUGAGUACAAUUUUAUACACCUGUAUACUUCAUUGUUUCCUCCAUUUUGGAAAAACAGUUGAUGGGGUGUGCACUGCGGCAAUCGCUUGCAGAACCUAAAAUUUGUGAUUUUUUUUAUAACAAGAAUUUGCUUUACAGUGUAUUACAAAUAAGUUCACAAUAAAGAUUUUAAAUAUA